AUGGAUGGUCUUCAACAGGGAAGAAGGCGAGAACCUUCGGUGAGGGAAGAGCCUGCAGAAGACAAAGUAGGAGAAGCAGUCGUCAAGCUUCAGACACCGAUGUGGUGCCGGUCAAAGGCUCUUCGAUACCUAAGUCAGCUAUCAGUGGGAAGUGAAAGUGAGAGGUUUGCACAAAGUUUCGAUGCGGGAAUUUGUGCAAGUCGUUUUGGUGAUGACACGUGUCUUGGAGAUUAUGUUCGGUAG